AUGGCUUUCGAUCGAUCUAUCUAUCUAUCUAUCUAUCUAUCUAUCUAUCUAUCUAUCUAUCUCAAUCCGUUUAUGGCUAUCUAUCUCAAUGUGUUUAUGGCUUUCGAUCUAUCUAUCUAUCUCAAUCCGUUUAUGGCUAUCUAUCUCAAGGUGUUUAUGGCUUUCGAUCUAUCUAUCUAUCUAUCUAUCUAUCUAUCUAUCUCAAUCCGUUUAUGGCUAUCUAUCUCAAUGUGUUUAUGGCUUUCUAUCUAUCUAUCUAUCUAUCUAUCUAUCUAUCUCAAUCCGUUUAUGGCUUUCUAUCUAUCUAUGUGUUUAUGGCUUUCGAUCUAUCUAUCUAUCUAUCUUUCUCAAUCCGUUUAUGGCUAUCUAUCUCAAUGUGUUUACGGCUUUCGAUCUAUCUAUCUAUCUCAAUCCGUUUAUGGCUAUCUAUCUCAAUGUGUUUAUGGCUUUCGAUCUAUCUAUCUAUCUAUCUAUCUAUCUAAAUUCGUUUAUGUCUUUCGUCCUCUCUCUUUACUUGUUGAGAGGAAAAACCGUCUUACCUGCAAAGAAAAUGGAGAAAAAUUAUAA